AUGGUUGAGGAAACAAAAACCCCUGAGGAAAAGCCUGUUGAAGUAGGGACAACCGCUCAGGAGUCAUCUAAAGAUAAUAACAAAUCUAAAGAUUCCAAACCAGAUGAGGACCUUUCAGAAGAGGAUUUAAAGUUAAAAACCGACUUACAGACGUUAGUAGAUAGAUUACUAGAGUCGGAGUCUUCGUUAUACAAGCCCAGUUUGGAUCAAUUAAAGGAAUAUAUCAAGAAUUCUACAAGUUCUAUGACUGCAGUACCAAAGCCGUUGAAGUUUCUUCGUCCUUUAUAUCCAGAAUUAUGUGCUGUUUAUGACAAGUGGGUUGACAGUAAGCUGAAAUCUUCUCUUGCUGAUGUUUUAUCGGUAUUAAGUAUGACUUAUUCUGACGAUGGGAAGCACGAUUCUUUGAGAUUUAGGUUGUUGUCUAAUGAAAAGGAUAUUGAAACCUGGGGGCAUGAGUAUAUUCGUCAUUUAGCUUUAGAGAUAGGUGAUGUGUACAAUGAGCAGGUGGAAAAUGAAGCAAAGGAAUCGGAUGAACAAGGCGCGGCACCUGCUGAAUCUGAACAAAGUUAUCCAAAGGAUGUGCUGAUCCGUCUAUCGCUCGAUAUUGUUCCUUAUUUUUUGAAGCAUAAUGGCGAAGCGGAUGCGGUAGAUUUGCUACUAGAAGUUGAAUCUAUUGACAAGCUAUCACAGUUCGUGGAUGAGAAUACAUUCCAGAGGGUUUGUAAAUAUAUGGUGUCAUGUGUUCCAUUGUUGCCGCCACCAGAGGAUGUGACCUUCUUGCAAACAGCAUUUUCCAUUUAUUUGUCUGAAAACCAGUUGACAGAGGCUCUGGCGCUUGCUAUUAGAUUAGGUGAUGAGUCUUUAAUCAGGUCGGUGUUUGAUGCAACCUCAGAUCCUGUUAUGCAUAAGCAGUUGGCCUAUAUUUUGGCUGUGCAGAAGUCAUCAUUCGAAUAUGAAGGUGUUCAAGACAUUAUUGGUAACGCCAAUUUAAGCGAAUACUUUUUAUAUCUAGCAAAGGAGUUAAAUCUAACGGUCGCUAAAUUCCCUGAAGAUAUUUACAAGAGUCAUUUAGAUAGCUCUGUCAGAAGCGCGUUUGCAAGCACAGGCUUAGAUUCUGCGCAACAAAAUCUAGCUGCUUCGUUUGUGAAUGGUUGGUUAAAUUUAGGUUAUUGCGCUGACAAAAUGUGUGUCGACGAUGAUAAUUGGGUUUACAGGACUAAAGGCGAUGGUAUGACUUCUACAGUUGCAAGCAUAGGAUCUAUCUACCAGUGGAACUUGGAUGGGCUGCAACAAUUGGAUAAAUAUCUGUACGCUGACGAUGUUGAGGUUAAAGCUGGUGCUCUCCUCGGUAUUGGUAUUUCUGCAUGUGGUAUUCAUGAUGGUGAUGUUGAGCCUGCUAUGUUGCUAUUACAGGACUAUGUGAACAAUCGAAACUCAAAGUUGAGCACAUCUGCAAUUUUGGGCUUAGGGAUUGCAUUUGCUGGCAGUAGAAAUGAUGAAUUGUUAGGUUUAUUAUUGCCAAUAGCUGCUGAUACUUCUUUACCCAUUGAAACCUCUGCAAUGGCUUCAUUGGCAUUGGCACAUUCAUUUGUUGGAACCUGUAAUGGAGAUAUCACUGCUUCUAUCAUGGACAACUUGUUGGAACGUUCAUCCAUUGAAUUAAAGACCGAAUGGACUAGGUUCUUAACUUUGGCCUUAGGUAUCUUAUAUAUGGGCCAAGGAGACCAGGUAGAAGAUGUUUUAGAGACCAUAUCAGCAAUUGAACAUCCGAUUACCUCUGCUAUUGAGGUGUUAGUUAAUGUCUGCGCUUACACUGGAACAGGUGAUGUUUUAUUGAUCCAGGAUCUAUUGUAUCGUCUAACCCCUAAAAAGGAAGGAGAGGAAGACGUUGAAGCAGACGAAGAGGCAGAUGAAGAAGGUGAAGCAGAAGGUGAAGGUGAAGCGGAAGCUGAGGCAGAAGCAGAAUUUGAGUCGAAUACUCAAGAUGCACCAGAAGAUAUUGAUUCUCUUGUCCGGGAUGCUGUUAACAACAGCAAUCCAGCGGAGGAUUUCCCCAGUUCCAACAGCGGCGGCAACUUCAACCCUAAGACUACGGAUGAAGACAAGUUGGAUGUUGAUGACUCAAAAGAGGAUGAGCAUAAGCAAGAAGCUGAUAACAACCUGGAUUCUAAAGAAGAGGAAAACAGUGAAAAAGAGAUGGCACAAAUCGAUGAACUUACUUACGCGGUUCUUGGGAUUGCAAUGGUUGCUAUGGGUGAAGACAUCGGUAAAGAAAUGUCUUUACGUCACUUUGGGCAUUUAAUGCAUUAUGGUAAUCAACAUAUUCGUCGUGUAGUCCCCUUGGCGAUGGGUUUAGUCAGCGUGUCUGACCCUCAAAUGAAGGUGUUUGACACACUUUCUAGAUUCUCUCACGAUCCAGAUUUGGAUGUGUCCAUCAAUUCCAUCUUUGCUAUGGGUCUAUGUGGGUGUGGCACUAACAAUGCUAGAUUAGCCCAAUUAUUACGACAAUUAGCAAGUUACUAUUCCAAGGAACAGAACACCUUAUUCAUCACAAGAUUAGCUCAAGGCCUAGUUCAUCUUGGUAAGGGUACUAUGACCUUAGAUAUAUUCAAUGAUGCUCAAGUGCUCAACAAGGUGACCUUGGCCUCUUUGUUGACAGUUUUAAUUGGUCUAACAAGCCCUGGAUUUAUGUUGAAACAUCACCAGUUGUUUUACUACUUGAAUAGUGGUGUGAGACCAAAGUCCAUCUUAACCUUAAAUGAAAAGGGAGAACCAAUUAAAGUCAAUGUUCGUGUAGGUCAAGCUGUGGAUACCGUUGGCCAAGCUGGUAAACCCAAGACAAUCACUGGAUGGAUCACUCAAUCAACUCCUGUACUACUAAACCACGGAGAAAGAGCGGAACUAGAAACUAACGAAUAUAUCAGCUAUGCUAGUAAAAUAGAAGGUGUGGUCAUUUUGAAAAAGAAUCCUAAUUACAAGGAAGAAGAGUAG